AUGGAGACAGUUGGUGAUUACAGUAUGGAUGAUUUUUUAUUUUAUUCGAUCAUUUACAUAUUGUUUUCUCUGUGCGUCGUUUUUCCUCCAGUGGAAUUUAUGACUAGCGGCUUUACCAUAACUGCUUUAUUUUCUGGAAUAUUGGGUGAUGAAAAGUUUGCUUUCGUUGCCUACCACCUUCGACGAACAGUUUUACUUUUAUUUGUUCACAGCUGUUUACCUUGGUGUAAGUUGAGUGUGCGAUAUGUAUAUUUGUUUUUCAGUCUUUUGCUGCAUAAUGCUUUGCGAAAUUUAAUAUACUUUGUUUUUUUGGAAUUAGUGUUAGAGGACCCAAUCUUUGCUAUUUAUCCUCACACUGUCAUUCAGUGGCUUGCAGAUGCAUCGAUGCUGUUUACUUUAGGCUUUGGUGCUUACUUACUAGUGCGUUAUGGAAGAAGCUGGGACUCACAUCCUAUAGUGGAAUGUUUGAAGAGAUAUGAUUCCUCGUGGCAUUUAGUCGAAAAAAGCAUUAACGACGAAUAUAGAAGCAUGGGAAGCCUUGUUUUUUCAUUGUCUGGAAAGAAGGUUAUUGUUACUAAUUCCUGGCUGCUGAAUGUUAAGAAUUAUACGGUUGAUUUUGCUCAGAUAUCGGAUAUUCAACUUGAAGCCAUAGAAGCAGAUGUACACAAUAUUUCUUUUCAUGAGCACUCUGGAGGUUCGGUUCAGUUCAUAAAUAUUGAGGUUCGAAGCUGCACUAACAAAAUUCGACCUUUCGUGAUAAGGAUUCGCACUGAGUCCUUUCGAGAUUUGAAAGACAAAUUAAAUAAACCAAUUGCUCUUGCUCGUGAAGUGGUCCUUCUCCAGUCUCUAGAUGAACGUUUUGUUGAAGCUUUUGUGGAGCAAGUCUCUCUUGAAGAGUGCUUUGGAUGCGCUUCUGAAAAAGCAAACGUCAAGUUAGUAAAAAACUGCGUUGAUGAGGACGGGCAGGACAUACCAAUUUGUUCUCCGUGUUAUUGUCGUCCUAUGUGCAAAGCAUGUAUAGCACGUAUUUUUGCUGCGAAACAGGAUAAGGCUCAUCCAGAACAUUGGUUAGUUGGUAAAGCGAGCUGCCCAACGUGUCGUUCAGUAUUUUGUGUCUUGGAUAAUCUUGGAUCUGCAAUUGUUUGGGCUUCUCGAGUUAGUAACUUACCCUAG